AAUCAGUUCAAAUCUAACGUUGAGCAACCCAUCACAUCGUAUUACCCCAAAAAAAAAAAUGCAAACGAACUUCGCAAUCUUAGCCACUGCUGCUACCCUGCUUCUGGCUUCCGUGGCGGCACAGGUGUGUAACGAGUGCCAGAGCAGCAACGAUGCCAUAUGCACGAGCCAAACCCAAUACAAAAAUUGCAUGAACAAUGUUGCCAUUGGCACAGCGGCAACAUGUCCCACUGGUACCGUCUGCAGCAACACUGCCGAUGUCUGCGUGAAGAGUGAGUCUGUGGAUGGGGUUAAUAUUCUGGACGUAUGUGGCUCAAGCAGUGGUUCCAGUGGAGGUGCCGGAAACGGUGCAAACUGUAGUGUCUGCAUUGGCAGCAACAAGUUCGCUUGCGUCAGCAAGACCCAGUAUGCUCGAUGUGUUGACCAAAAGGUUUCCACAACGGCCUUCGAUUGCAGUACGGAUGAGACUUGUGUGGCAGAGGCCCUCGCCCCCUAUGGAAAUCUCUGUGUGCCCAGCUGUGCCCUCACUUAUAUGGGAUUGAGUGCGGAUACUAGCACUUGCACCAACGAAAUUUAUACGCCGCCGCCCGUAGUUACUGUUCCUACUCAAGAUGAUUUGAAGGAAGCCUGUUCAACUUCUACAAAUACAAAUGUGUUCUUCAACGAAGAAAAUACCGCCGACUUGACAUGCAGUAGUUAUAUUUACUGCGAGAAUCUUGGAGAUUCGUCUUGGCUUGCUAUCUUAUACAGUUGCACGUCCCCCACUCCAUACUACAGCGCGGCAGCGAAUAAAUGCACCGCAACUAAACCGACUAGGUGUACGGAGUAGGACUACAUAGGUCCAGCCUUAUGGUAUGGUAUGGUCGCUAAACGAAUAUACAAACAGAUGUUCCCAAAAGAUACGAAAUAAACACCCGUAUUGCAUCGAAAGAAAA